AUGAGGACUUGUAGUUUCAAGCAUCCUCAAUCUUGUUCCUUUCUUGCUUGGUUUCUGUUCCUUCUGAGUAUUAUUGGAAACUCAGUAGGGAGCAGCAUCUGCAUAGAGAAGGAGAGACAAGCGCUUUUGAGCUUCAAACACAACAUUUCCGACCCUAAUAACCUUCUUUCCUCCUGGACCGAUGGAGAUGACGACGACUGCUGUAAAUGGGAAGGAGUUGGUUGUGACAAUAGAACCGGGCAUGUGGUUGCGGUUGAUUUGGGGCCUAAAACCAUGUGCAUAAAUGAAGCAUCAUGCACUCCAGACUGGGAUUGUGACAUCAACCCUGCUAUACAAGGUGAAAUCAGCCCUUCCUUGCUUGAUUUACCAUUUCUCAAUUACUUGGAUCUUAGCUGCAAUCAAUUUGAAAGAAUUCCAAGGUUCUUUGGUUCUCUAGGCAAGUUAGUUCAUCUUGAUCUUUCUUAUAAUAAUUUUGUUGGAAAUGUUCCUCCUCAACUGGGAAAUAUAUCCACUUUAAAAUAUCUUGACAUUGACAACGGCAAUGAUCAAUUAAAAGUAGUUGGCACUCUGGAGUGGGUUUCUCAUCUUGAUUCUUUGGAGUACCUUAGUUUGGAUUCUGUAGACCUUUUUUCAGCUUCAAAUUGCCUCGAGUCCAUUUCAAAACUUUCUUUGCUGAGAACACUGCAUCUAUCCUACUUCAACUUUCCUGAUCCCUCAUCACUUUUGCACCUCAACUCUUCUAGGUUCCUACAACACCUUUCCCUAGACCAAGGAAACCUGACUUCUCCAAUACUAAAUCUGUGGCUGAAUCAAAGUUCCAACUUGAUUCAACUGAGCCUUACUGACACCAAAUUAUAUGGUAUGGUUCCAAAUGUUUUGAACAAAAUGCACUCCCUGGAAUAUCUUGAUCUCUCCUUAAAUUAUCUAGAAGAACUCAUUUUAAGUUGUGAGAAAGUGAUACAAGUUUUGAAGUUGCGGAGUAACAAAAUUGUUGGGUCAUUGGAUUAUAUCCACAGGUUUUCUUCCCUAAGAACAUUAGAUUUAGCAGACAAUAAACUUUCCGGUUCAUUGCCCGAUAUGUCAGCAAUGUUGUCCCUAAAAGAAUUUGUCAUUAGCAACAAUCGGAUGGUUGGAAAUUUAACGGGAAGUAACAUUGGCCACCUCGCCCGUCUCACUGCACUAGAUGUUUCUUCCAACUUUCUAGAAGAAGUCAUCCAUGAAACCCAUUUUUCUAAUUUUAGCAAAUUGGUGUUUCUUUCCUUAUCCAGUAACCAAUUCAAAUUGAAAUUGAGCACCCACUGGAUUCCCCCGUUUCGACUAUCAAUGCUAAGCCUAAGCUCUUGCAAGUUGGGUCCGAAAUUUCCUUUCUGGCUUCAAACACAAACAAACCUUGGAUACAUUGAUAUCUCAGAUAAUGAAAUUUCGGAUAUCAUUCCUCAAUGGCUCUCCAACCUUACCCACUUAUCGAGUUUGAAUAUUUCUAAAAAUUGGCUUCGAGGUAUUCCACCUGACCUGGCCUCAACAUUUUUUGCUAUAGACUUAAGUAGCAAUUGGCUUAAAGGUCCUAUACCAAAAAAUUAUUCUGGGACAGGAAAGAUUCCUGAAUGUUUGGGGCAAUAUGCUGGAAAUUAUCUACAAUUUCUGAACCUAGCAAGUAAUAACUUCUUUGGAGAAAUUCCAUCAUCAAUAGGAGAAUCAUUUAACUGGGGGUAUUCCGGCAUGGAUUGGGGAAAGCUUAACAAAGUUAAAGGUCCUUUACCUGCACUCAAAUAA